CCCCCCCCUCGCUAUUUCCGUCACGAGGCCGCCGACGCCACAGCGGCGGCUGUUCCCUCUGCGCGAGCCGGCGCGUCGGCUAGCACAUCAUUUCUCCUCGAGCGGCGUCGCCUCCUCGGACCGGCGCAGGCUUUGGGCUCCGCGCUCUCGUCCUCCCUCUUCGAGCCUGGGGAAGGAGCCUGAGGGGCCCGUUGGCGGGCCCUCCUUCGCCCGCCACCAUGUUGAGGCGCAGCAGGGCGGAAGUGGACCGUUAUGUCUCCUCGCUGCAGGCCUCGGCCUCUUCGCCCAGGGAGAAAUCCAUGAAAGGAUUCUUUUUUGCUAAGCUGUAUUAUGAAACAAAGGAAUAUGAAUUGGCUAAAAGGUACAUAUCUACAUAUCUCAGUGUCCAAGAAAGAGAUCCCAAGGCACACAAAUUCUUGGGACAACUCUAUGAAGCUGAAGAAAACAUAGAGAAAGCUGUAGGUUGUUAUAAGCGUUCAGUGGAGUUGAAUCCAACACAGAAAGACCUUGUAUUGAAGAUUGCAGAGCUGCUGUGCAGUAAUGAUAUUACCGAUGGAAGAGCAAAAUACUGGGUUGACAGAGCAGCCAAGCUUUUUCCUGGAAGCCCUUCAGUUUUUCGACUAAAGGAGAGUCUGGUGGAUUGCAAGAGUGAGACUGGGUGGAACCAGCUUCUUGAUUUGAUCCAGUCAGAAUUGUGUGCCAGACCUGAUGAUGUUUAUGUUAACAUUCGAUUAGUGAAGCUGUACUUAUCAAACAAAAACCUUGCAGCUGCUGUGGCACACUGUCAGGAAGCAGAGAAAAAAAUACCAUUGCAGUCAAGCUUGGAAUGGUGUUCGUGUGUUGUACUUACACUUAAGGAAUAUCUUGACUCUCCACAGGAGUUGGAAUCCAAUAAACCUAACGAGCAAAAGACUAGAUCCCGUCGGGAUCUUUUGUUGGCUUAUUCAAAUCUGGUCGUAAUGACACUUUCGAACAGAGGUGUAGAAGAAAGCAGAGAAUCCCUUCAAAGCUUUGAUCAUGCACUCCAUUCAGUGAAACCUCAUGCAGCUGGAGGUGAUGAACUUUCUGUAACUUUCCUGGAAAUGAAAGGCCACUUCUACAUGCAUGCUGGAACUCUGCUGUUGAAAAUGGCCCAGGAAAGUGAAAUGCAGUGGAGAGCUGUUUCGGAAUUGGCAGCUUUAUGUUACCUUCUAGCUUUUCAGGUUCCUAGACCAAAGUCAAAACUAAUAAAAGGCGAUCAAGCUGAACAAGAGAAGUUGGAAAUGUUAGCCUGUGAUCGACAGAGCCAGUCUGGACAUAUGCUGCUAAACCUAAGCCGUAGGAAGCAGGAUUUUUUCAAGGAGAUUGUUGAAUCAUUUGCAAACAAGAGUGGACAGUCUGCCUUAAUUGAUGCACUAUUUGGGAGUGGUUCUUCUACAGAGAAUUCCUUUCUUGGCACAGAUGAUAUCAGAAAUGUUGGUGUGCAAGUACCAGAAUAUGGAGAACUAGCUAGAUACGAUAUUGGUGCCAUUAGAGCCCACAAUGGUAGUCUCCAACACCUCAUAUGGCUUGGUCUGCGGUGGAAAUCCAUAUCACCCCUGCAAACCUUUCGCAAAUGGUUGAAGCAACUUUUCCACUUGCCUCAGGAAACAUCCAGACUUGAGACCAAUGCUCCUGAAUCGAUUUGCAUGUUGGACCUUGAAGUAUUUCUGCUUGGGGUGAUAUUUACCUGUCAUUUGCAAUUGGAAGAGAAAUUUAAUACCAAGUACACUGUGCACCAGCCUCAAUUCUUACCACUACCAGUAUGCAAGCAACUUUGCACCGAGAGGCAGAGGGCCUGGUGGGAUGCUGUUUAUGCUCUUGUUCACAAACAGACUGUGUCCGGGACAGCAGCAAAAGUGAGGCUUCUAGUCCAACAUGAAAUAAGCAUCCUCAGAGCCUUAGGUAAACAUGGUCUUCAGCCAGCUCUGAUCGUGCACUGGGCAAAAAGUCUCCUUAAAACAGGUUGCAGUCUUAAUUCUUUCUAUGACCAAAGAGAGUACAUUGGACGAAGUGUUUAUUACUGGAAGAAAGUUUUGCCAAUGCUUGAGACAAUCAAGAAGAAGAGAAGUAUUCCUGAACCAAUUAACCCAUUGUUCAAUCACUUUCAUAGUGAAGAUAUUCAGGUUUCCCAGGUUGGUGUAUAUCAAGAAGAGGCACACAUAGCUUUUGCUAUUUUGGAUUCUGUGGAUGGAAAAACAGACGAUGCUAUGCAAGCAUUUGAAGCUAUUAAAAAUGUUGUCUCAUAUUGGAAUCUUGCUCUAAUUUUCCAGAGGAAAGCUGAAGAGAUAGAGAAUGAUGGUCUGUCAUUAGAAGAGCAAGAAGAAUACAGAAAUCUUCUGAAAAAGAGUAGAGACUACCUCAUAAAAAUUAUAGAUGAAAGCAGCAGCGAUACUUCAGUCACUGAAAAGUUACCUGUAUCCAUAGAGACAGUUAAGGAGAUGCUGGAAAGUAUAAUUCAAGAACUUGGAAUCAAUGGUGAAGAAAGGAGUCUUAUCCUAAACAAUGAUUUGAGCCAACCAGUGGAGACGGAAAUUAAACAUUCUACCCCAUCGCCCACAAAAUUCUCUCUGUCUCCAAGUAAAAGCUACAAGUUCUCGCCCAAAACUCCUCCUCGCUGGGCAGAGGAUCAAAAAUCACUACUUAAGAUGAUCUGUCAGCAAGUAGAAUCCAUAAAGAAUGAGAUGCAAGAGAUGAAACUUAACAAUUCUAAUACAACCAUGUCUCAGCGGUGGCCUGCCGAAAGCUAUGCAGCAGAUACCAUGCCAGAUGGCUAUCAAGGCACACAGAGCUUUCAUGGAGCACCGUUAACUGUUGCUACAACAGGUCCAUCUGUCUACUACAACCCAUCACCAGCUUACAAUUCUCAAUAUCUCCUACGGACAGCAGCCACGAACGUGACCCCCACAAAGGCUCCUGUCUAUGCCAUGAACAGGCUUACUCCUCAGCAGCACAUAUAUACAUAUCAACAGCCAAUGCAUACUCCUCCACUGCAGAACACUUCUGCUUGCAUGUUUUCACAAGAAAUGUAUGGUACUCCCCUGCAUUUUGAUUCUCCAGCAACCGGAAUGUUGUCUCCUCGUGGCAAUGAGGACUACUACAACUACAGCGUUCCACCAACAACUACAAAUCCGCCACUUCCCGAGCCAGGCUAUUUUACAAAACCUUCUGCAGCACCCCCGGUCUCCCGGUCUGCCGAGUCAAAAGUGAUAGAAUUUGGGAAGCCUACCUUUGGGCAGCCUGUACCACCAGCAGAGGGAGCAAAACCUUCCUUGAUAACUUCUGCUCAGUCGACACAGCCAACCACUUUCAAAUUUAAUUCCAAUUUCAAAUCCAACGAUGGAGAUUUUACUUUUUCAUCACCUCAGGUUGCAGCACAGCCACAUAGUACCCCCUAUAGCAACAGCGACAGUCUUUUGGGCCUUCUGACAUCCGACAAGCCUAUCAAAGAGGACCGAUACACUGGACAAAAGCCGCUUACUGAAUAUCCCACUGGACAGCGAAACAUCUUCAGUUUUGGUGGCAAGAAUGCAUCAGGCAUUGCAUUUACGGAUAAAAUAGUACAAAAUCAACCCAGGCCCUCUGGUUUUAGUAAGGGUGAUGCGUUCAGCUUUCAGGAUCCUAGCAAGCCUGUAUUUGGUACUCCACAUUCAGAUGUAGCAAACAGAAGUCACGAAACAGAUGGAGGAAGUGUCCAUGGUGGUGGUGAAGAAGAAGAUGAUGGCCCUCAUUUCGAACCUGUUGUGCCACUACCUGACAAAAUUGAAGUAAAAACAGGUGAAGAAGAUGAAGAGGAGAUGUUUUGCAAUAGAGCAAAACUUUUCCGCUUUGAUGCUGAACACAAAGAAUGGAAAGAGAGAGGUGUUGGUAAUGUGAAAAUUCUGAGGCAUAAAAUAACUGGCAAAAUCAGACUACUUAUGAGACGGGAGCAAGUGCUGAAAAUUUGUGCAAAUCACUAUAUAAAUCCUGAUAUGACUCUGAACCCAAAUGCUGGAUCAGACAAAUCUUUUGUGUGGCAUGCCUUGGACUAUGCAGAUGAAUCGGCAAAACCUGAGCAACUUGCAAUCAGGUUUAAAACUCCAGAGGAAGCGAAGCUUUUCAAGCGGAAAUUUGAAGAGGCACAAAAUAUUUUGAGAGUAUCUGGAUCAAGUGAUAGUCAGCAGGCUUCUCAGGGUAUUGUGUCAUCAAGAGAAGCUACUGCUCAAGAUGCAAAAGAUUCUGGUAAAUCUGACUCAGGACUCAUGAGCUCUGGAUUUAACUUCAAGAGUGGGACGUCAUCUGUCAGUGGUAGCUAUCAGGUUCCUGUUCCCAAUGUGAGCAGUUCAGCUAAAAACACUAAUGCCAAAAGUACUUUUACAAUUGCAUCCAGUGCAGCUACACCUGCAUCCUUCUCUUUUGCUAAAGAAGGGUUGGGAGGAAAUGCUACAUACGGAUUUGGUGAACAGUUCAUGUUAAAGAACGAUCAGUGGGAAUGCAACACAUGCCUCGUUCGAAAUAAAAUAACUGCACAGAGUUGUGUAGCAUGCCAGACUCCAAAUCCAGCUAAUCGGGAAGCGCAGGCUGUGCUUCCUCCGACAGAAUCGACUGUACCUUUCAAACCCAACACUGAAGGUGCACACUCUACAUUUGGACCAAUUCCUCCAAAAAAGGAAAACCAGUGGGAAUGCAGGACCUGUCUUGUGAGAAAUGAAACCAGCGCAUCGCAUUGUAUUAGCUGCAAGAAUCCCAGCGGUACAAAUUUACCAGUGUUUGGUUCCCAAACCACAUUCAAAUUUGGUCAUGCAGAGGCUCCAAAAGUGCCCCAAAGUGGUUUUGGGGCUGCUUUUCAGAAAAAGGAGGGCCAGUGGGAUUGCAGCAUAUGCUUAGUAAGAAAUGAAGGCUCCUCACGAACUUGUGCUGCUUGUCAGGCUGCAAACCCAUCUAGCGAUUCCCAAACCACAUUCAAAUUUGGUCAUGCAGAGGCUCCAAAAGUGCCCCAAAGUGGUUUUGGGGCUGCUUUUCAGAAAAAGGAGGGCCAGUGGGAUUGCAGCAUAUGCUUAGUAAGAAAUGAAGGCUCCUCACAAACUUGUGCUGCUUGUCAGGCUGCAAACCCAUCUAGCGAUUCCCAAACCACAUUCAAAUUUGGUCAUGCAGAGGCUCCAAAAGUGCCCCAAAGUGGUUUUGGGGCUGCUUUUCAGAAAAAGGAGGGCCAGUGGGAUUGCAGCAUGUGCUUAGUAAGAAAUGAAGGCUCCUCACAAACUUGUGCUGCUUGUCAGGCUGCAAACCCAUCUAGCAAUGCUCCAGCUUUACCAGCUAGUGAUGCUCAACUGCCUGUGUUUGGCUUCAAAAGCAAGUUAUCCGAACCCACCGGAGGACCACAGGGGACGGGUUUUAAAUGUGACAUAACAGAGAAGGGUUUUAAAUUUGGCCUUUCUACAGAUCAAGGGAAGUCGUCUUCCUUCACAUUUCAGGUUCCUGCUAGCAGUGAAACUAAGCCUAUGAAAGGAGGGUUUAAUUUUUCAAUGCCGGUACCUCCAGGUGAAUUUAAAUUUGGUAUACAAGAGCCUAGCAAAGAUGUUGCAAACGACCAACAGAAUAAAGAAGGUGGUACUGAUGAAAAAGAGGAGGUGUCGGAGGAAGAAACUGCAAUGAAAUCUCAUGAUAGAUCUAGCAAACAAAGCGGUGAUUUGGUGUUUGGUCAACACAGCAGCACAUUCACUUUUGCUGACCUUGCAAAAACAACCGCAGGUGAAGGAUUUCAGUUUGGUCGGAAAGAUCCAAAUUUCAAGGGCUUUACAGGUGCAGGUGAAAAGCUGUUUUCUUCUCAGGCUGCUAAAUCUUCAUUCAAAGGAAAUACUUCUGCUGAUCUUGAGAAGGAAGAUGAGUCAUAUAAAACAGAAGACAACGAUGAUAUUCAUUUUGACCCUGUUGUCCAGAUGCCCGAGAAAGUCGAACUGGUGACUGGCGAAGAAGAUGAUACAGUGUUGUAUUCCCAAAGAGUAAAACUGUUCAGGUUUGAUGCAGAAACAAGCCAGUGGAAAGAACGUGGUGUGGGCAACUUGAAAAUCCUUAAGAAUGAAGUUAAUGGCAAGCCACGAAUCAUCAUGCGACGUGAGCAGGUAUUUAAGGUUUGUGCAAACCACUGGAUCACAACUACCAUGAACUUGAAGCCCCUCUCUGGCUCGGACAAAGCAUGGAUGUGGUUAGCCAACGACUUCUCUGAUGGUGAUGCAAAGCUGGAGCAAUUGGCAGCUAAAUUCAAAAGCCCAGAGCAAGCUGAGGAAUUUAAAUUGAAAUUCGAAGAAUGUCAAAGGCUAUUGCUGGAUAUACCACUCCAGACCCCACAUAAACUAAUAGAUUCUGGGAAAACAGCUGAGCUGAUACAAAAAGCAGAAGAAAUGAAAAGUGGUUUGAAAGAUCUCAAAACCUUCCUGACAGACGAUAAAACUAAACUUGCAGAUGAAGAGAGUAAAACCUCUGUGUCUGCUACAAAGGCCUCUGAUUUGGUUAUUAAGCCACACGCUGAAAGCACUGGGCCUACAUUAGAGUGGGACAACUAUGACUUGCGUGGGGAAGCCCUGGAUGAUAGUACAGACAGUUCUGUGUAUGCUUUGCCUCGGGCCAGUAGCCCUGUGAGGAAAAAUCUAUUUAGGUUUGGAGAGUCCACCACAGGGUUUAACUUCAGCUUCAAAUCUGCAUUAAGUCCCUCUAAGUCUCCUUCCAAACAGAACCAAAGUAGGACUUCUGUAGGCACAGAUGAGGAAUCUGACGUUACACAAGAAGAUGAAAGAGAUGGUCAGUAUUUUGAACCAGUAGUACCUUUACCUGACCUCGUAGAAAUAACAAGUGGUGAAGAAAAUGAGCAGGUUGUCUUCAGCCAUCGUGCUAAACUUUAUAGAUAUGAUAAAGAUGCUAAUCAGUGGAAGGAGAGGGGUAUCGGAGACAUAAAGAUCUUGCAAAACUAUGACACUAAACAAGUUCGUGUAGUCAUGCGAAGGGACCAGGUAUUAAAGCUUUGUGCCAAUCACAGAAUAACCUCAGACAUGAACAUCCAGCCAAUGAAAGGCACAGAGCGAGCCUGGGUAUGGACCGCAUGUGACUUUGCUGAAGGGGAACGGAAAGUAGAGCACUUGGCUGUGCGAUUUAAGCUGCAAGAUGUUGCUGACUCAUUUAAGCAGAUCUUUGAGGAAGCAAAACAUGCUCAAGAAAAAGACACCUUAAUCACACCACUCUCUUCGCGGGCCAAUACUCCAAAGGAAUCGCCAUGUGGAAAGAUUGCUGUUGCAGUACUUGAAGAAACCACCAGGGAGAGAACUGAUUUAAAGCAGGAUGAAGAAAUAGUUACACAAACUGCAGAGACUUCACCAACGGCAGGCACUUCUGAGACGCCGACGAAAGCAGUGGUUUCGCCACCCAAAUUUGUCUUUGGCUCAGAAUCUGUCAAAAGUAUUUUUAGCAAUGAAAAAUCAAAGCCUUUCACAUUUGGAAACACGUCAGCAACGGGAUCUCUCUUUGGCUUCAGCUUUAACGCUUCUCCCAAGAGUAAAAGCGAUAGCUCAGUGUGUCAUAGCACAAAACAGCGAGAAGCAGAUGGCACAUAUGAUGCCUGCAAAGGUGCUGAGCAUCAGGAAAGUGAUGCUACUGUUUGGAAACACUCUGAUGGCAAAGGAGAAAGUCAAGUGGCUACCUCCAAGGCAGAAGGACUUCCUAAUUUUUCAUUUAAAACACUAGAAAAAGCAGUUGAGAUUAAGAAGGAGCCAGAUGAUACUGCCACUUCAGACGAUGUUUUGAUUGUAUAUGAGUUAACACCCACGCCUGAGCAAAGAGCUCUUGCAGACUCCCUUAAGUUACCUCCAACAUUCUUCUGCUACCAGAAUGAACCUGGGUAUCUGAGUGAAGAUGAUGAUGAUGAUGAGGACUAUGAAACAGCCGUGAAGAAGCUCAAUGGAAAGUUGUAUCCUGAUAAACCUAAAAAACAUGCACAGCUGAAAGAAACUGAUACAACUGUUGAAGGAGAAAAUGAAGCAGAAUGUGGGAGCGAGUGUUUUCUUGUGUGGGAGAAGAAACCAACUCCUGAAGAAAAGGCUAAAGCAGAAACCCUGAAGCUUCCUCCAACCUUUCUGUGUGGUAUUGGCAGUGACACUGAUGAAGACAAUAACUUAGAAGACUUUCAAACAGAACUUAGAAAAGUCCAAGAAAGGAAUGAAGCUCAAGUAGAAGAAGUAACCAGUUCAACUGAUGAUGUGUGCUCCAUUAAGAAAGAACAGCCUGCUGAAGCAGUCAGUAGAGCUGAAGAACCAGAUUCUACCACUGAACCUAUAUACACUAUACAGACGUUAUUAGCAGCAGAUGACAAACCUGUUGACUUGUCAACAAAAAAAGAAAGUGAUGCCAGUUCUACAAACCAAGAAAGCAAACCUUUCUCAUUUGCCCUUGGCAACAUACCUGGCUUGUCUUUUGCUGAUCUGGCUUCAAAUAAUUCUGGAGAUUUUGCUUUUGGUUCUAAAGCAGACAAAAACUUCAAGUGGGCAAAUACAGGAGCAACUGUGUUUGGCGGACAAGUGGCCACUAAAGGUGACAAUGAAGAUGAUGGAAGUGAUGAAGAAGUUGUACAUAGCGAUGAUAUUCAUUUUGAACCAAUUGUAUCACUACCUGAGGUUGAGGUGAAGUCAGGAGAAGAAGAUGAAGAAAUUCUCUUCAAAGAGAGGGCAAAACUCUACAGAUGGGACAGAGACGUCAAUCAGUGGAAAGAACGUGGUGUGGGAGAAAUAAAGAUCCUCUACCAUACACAGAAUAAAUGGUAUAGAAUCUUAAUGAGAAGGGACCAAGUUUUCAAAGUCUGUGCAAAUCAUAUGAUUACAAAAAUGAUGGAUCUAAAGCCCUUGAAUACUUCAAACAAUGCUAUGGUUUGGACUGCAACAGAUUAUGCCGAUGGUGAAGCUAAGAUAGAACAGCUUGCUGUCAGAUUUAAAAGCCAAGAGCUGGCUGAUUCCUUCAAGAGGAAAUUUGAAGAAUGUCAACAAAGCUUGUCAGAGUUACAGAAGGGUCAUGUUUCUCUGGCGGCAGAAUUGUCAAAGGAAUCUAACCCUAUAGUAUAUCUUGAAGUUUCAGCUGAUGACGAACCUCUAGGUCAUGUAACCAUAGAAUUGUUUUCUAAUAUUGUUCCGCGAACUGCUGAGAACUUCAGGGCGUUAUGCACAGGAGAAAAAGGAUUUGGAUUCCGAAAUUCCAUAUUUCAUAGAAUAAUUCCAGAUUUUAUCUGUCAAGGAGGUGAUAUCACCAGACAAGAUGGUACGGGUGGCCAGUCCAUUUAUGGAGAAGCAUUUGAAGAUGAAAACUUUGAAAUAAAACACACUGGCCCUGGCUUACUGUCGAUGGCAAAUCGUGGCAGAGACACCAAUAAUUCCCAAUUCUUUAUCACUCUCAAAAAAGCAGAGCACUUGGACUUUAAACAUGUUGUUUUUGGGUUUGUAAAGGAUGGGAUGGAUGUCGUGAAAAAAAUAGAAUCUUUUGGCUCACCUAAAGGAGUAGUGUCAAAAAGAAUUUCGAUUACAGACUGUGGUCAGAUAUAAAAUCAUUGCUAUUACCUGUAUGUGGAUUAAAAUAAAUGUUCAGAUUUAGACAAAAUUAUGUUCAGCUUCUUUUAAAAUGAACAUUUCUGAUGUAUAAAUGUAAAGUUACAGCUUAUAGCUGAGUCCUUUUUUAGUGUUUCAAUUGACUGCAUGUUGUGAAAUAAAAGUUCAGACACUGGUAAAUUUUAGGUGUAUUUUUGUUUCAUCCCCAUUUUUGUAUUAAAUGAUUUAAAAUUAAA